GAAGGGUGGUAAGCGUUAUUCUAUCUUCAAUUCGGCUCUGCGAGAAGUGCUGGCGGGGGCUGCUUCCCCAGUCUGUGGACGAUGCUGUGACUAAUCCCAGGCUUGGAGCCGGAGCUGCGAGCGAGGCAGUGAAAGGGUGGCAGAUUUCUGUCUAAGAGCUGCAGAAAAUGAUCAACUUCGAGUUCUCUAAUGAUGCACACUUUAGUGUGAAGAUGAAUGUGCUGUUACAGGAAUCAGUGACAUUCCAGGAUGUGGCUGUGGAUUUCACCCCAGAGGAGUGGCAGCUGCUUGAUUGUGCUGAGAGAACCCUGUAUUGGGAUGUGAUGUUGGAGAACUAUAGAAACCUCAUCUCAGUGGAAUCUGACUGCCCUCUUGAUGAACGAGGGAAGCGUUGGGAAAGCAAAGACAAUUUUUUGAAGUCAGUUUUACUCACGUUCAAUAAACUUUUGACUAUGGAGAGAAUCCACCAUUAUAAUAUGAGCACAAGUUUUAAUCCAAUGGAAAAAAAAUCAUAUAAAUCAUAUGAGAAGCAUUUGCCACCUAAUUUAGACUUACUUAAUUAUAAUAGAAGUUAUAUUGGAGAAAACACUUAUGAAUGCAGGGAAUGCGGGAAAGCCUUCAAAAAGAAGUUUCAUUUCAUUAGACAUGAAAAAAAUCAUACAAGGAAAAAACCUUUUGAAUGCAAUGACUGUGGGAAAGCCUAUAGUAGGAAGGCACAUCUUGCAACUCAUCAGAAAAUUCAUAAUGGAGAGAGACCCUUUGUGUGCGAUGAUUGUGGGAAGGCAUUUACGAAUAAAGCCCAACUCGUGGUCCACCACAGACUUCACACUGGAGAGAAGCCUUAUGAAUGCAAUCAAUGUGGGAAAACAUUCACUUGGAACUCCUCAUUUAAUCAACAUGUGAAAUCUCACACACUUGAGAACUCAUUUGAAUGUAAGGAAUGUGGGAAAACCUUCAGGUAUAGUUCAUCCCUUUACAAACAUUCCAGAUUUCAUACAGGAGAGAAACCCUACCAAUGUAUCAUAUGUGGCAAAGCAUUUGGCAACACAUCUGUGCUUGUUACACAUCAAAGAAUUCAUACAGGAGAGAAACCUUAUGGAUGUAUUGAAUGUGGCAAAGCCUUCAUCAAGAAGUCUCAUCUCCUCAGACAUCAGAUAACUCAUACAGGAGAGAAGCCCUAUGAAUGUAACAGAUGUGGGAAAGCAUUUUCCCAGAAGUCAAAUCUUAUCGUACAUCAGAAAAUUCAUACAUAAUAUUCACUUUAUGAACAUGAGAAGACCUUAUGAAAUAUUUGCUAAAUCUUACUAAAUACUAAAGAAUUCAUGGUAAGGAGACAUCUACAAUUUAAAUGAAUUUGUAAGAGUAGAUUCCCUUAAAAAACAAUGCCAAUCAUGUUCUGGAAGUGAUAAACUUUACAGAAAAUAUUACAGAAAACAACUAUAAAUAAUAGAGCUUAAAGCUUGGAAAGUAAGCAUAACUUAAAUAAUCAAAGAACCAGUGAAAACUGCAUUUACCAUUCCUGACUUUUACUUUUUAUAAUAAAAUAAUUAUGCAAGUGAGUAUAAAAUAUAUGCUUAUACGUUAUAUUAAAUUAUGCCUAUUAAGAGUUUCUGCAGUAAAUAACACAUUUUCCUUCCAGUGUUAACAUGCAUAAUUAAUCAAGUAAGAAAAUGUGGUUUAAUAUGUAGUAUGAAUUUCAGUAAUAUUUUCAUCCAUUUGCUGGCACUUUUAAUGGGCAUGACAAUGUUACUGAAUCUGAGUCUCCUUUAAUUGCACAACUGAAGACUUCUUAUUAAAAUUCAUAAAGAUAUGUUCCUGUGUAUGUAAACACCAGAACAAAAAUUUUAACAAGAUACUAAUUGAAGAGAGAAAGGCACUUGUAUUCUGUAUUACAAUAAGUAUUCAGUUGAGGAAAAGGAUUAUUUAAAUAUGUAAAUAAAUAAUUUGCACUUCAAA